UCAUCUAAGUCUCGACUAAAAUCUCACUCUGACAUUCCUAAGUUUGUUUGUUAACAGAUAUAUACAUUUAGAGGUCAUUUAUACCAAAAAUGGCACAUUCAAAACAAAAAAUUCCAGGCACUGCCCAACACUUUCUGGAGUGUGGUACUGAAGAUUGUGAGAAAAAUUGUGAAUUCUACUGCAAUUCCUGCCAUCAACAGAUGUGUAAACCAUGCAGGGACCAACAUCUACAGAUUGCAGAAAACAAGAACCAUGAAGUGGUCCUUUAUCAGCAACGUAGACGACAACUCCCUGUGAAGAAAUGCAAGAUCCACCCCACUAAAGAAAUUGAUAUUUUCUGCAAAGAAUGCAAUAUUCCUUUAUGUUCCAAGUGCUCAACAUUGCAAGAGCACCAUGGACAUAUAUUUACCGAUUUAGAGACUAUUUACACAGAAAAAUUUACUCUUUGCCAAACAGAACUCUCUAAAAUUCAUAAUCAUUUUAUUCCUACAUCACAGGAUUUACAGAGAGAAGUUCAGGAAAAUGCCACAGAAGUUAAACAGAUCAUGGACAGCAUACGGACAUCCAUGAAGGCUGAAGCUGAGUCUCUCAAAAACAUGGUGGACACAUUUCUCUCAGAAAAUAUGGAAGAAUUAAACCAAAUAGAGAAGUCAUUACUGGAGAAAUUAAAGAGCCAAGAGAAGACAUUUGAUGAUUAUAUUGCCUAUCUCAAUGACCUUGCCAAAGAGUUCCAGAGUUACCUGUCCUCUACUGAGCUCACUAAUUUCACAACAAAACUUCCAGAGAAUUUAGAAAUAAAAUCCAUACCAGAAACCACAAAACCUGUCACACCAGAAUUUUCUCCUGCUCAAUACAGCAAAAAUGAUGUUGCUAAAUUAUCGGGGAAAAUAAUUAAAUCAGAUAGAAAGGCAGAACUAAGAAGAGUAAAAUCAAUGGAAAUUCCUCCAAUUGCUACAUCAAUGAAAUCCACCAGUGAAAAGACAAAACUAGAUAAACAUGUGAAAUCUGACAAGAAACAAACAUUGUCUCUAUCUGCCUCUGUCACCAAGGUCAGGGAGUUCAAUGUACCAGGUGUUGAUGAUGUACACCAUGUAUCACAAGAUCAACCAGACAGACUCUGGAUCAGUGAUCAGAAUGGUAAUCUUAUCCAAACAAAUCUACAAGGAAAUGUGAUACAGAAGAUAGAAACCAGUGGUACAUCUGAAGGUUACCACACAGUCACACAGGACAGGGGUCUGAUCUUUACAGACGAAAUCAAGAAAGUCAUCAAUAGGAUAACACAGGAUAAUAAUAUCACUGAAUUCAUUAAAACUGGAGACUGGGAACCACUCAGCAUACACUCCUCCCACAUCAACGGGGACUUACUGGUGGGGAUGAUGAAGGGUAGAAAGGCUAAAGUCACCAGGUACAACAAGACAGGAAAAGAACUACAGAACAUACAGAGGGAUAAUAAAGGGCAGGGGCUGUAUAAUCUACCACACUACAUCACAGAAAACAUCAAUGGAGAUAUCUGUACAUCAGACUAUAAUAAAUUUGCAGUAGUGGUGGUGAAUAAAUCAGGACAACACAGGUUCUCCUACAGAGGUCAGGGGUUAUUGUUCCAUCCCUAUGGAAUCUGUACUGAUGUCCUCGGUCACAUCCUGGUGUGUGAUGAUGACAGUUACGCUGUUCACCUCCUUGAUCAGGACGGUCAGUUCUUGUCUCUAUUACUCACAGAACAACAAGGGGUAGAGGAUCCCUGUAGUGUGUGUGUGGAUGAUGAGAACAAUCUCUAUGUGGGACAACUAAAGACUAACACUCUGACAGUGUACAAGUAUCUUAAGUGAUUCUUACUUAGUCACAUAUACAUUGGUUGUAAUUUUAAUUUAAUGUACAGAACAGAAUAAAUUAUAUCAUCAUCUCAAGAGUAGA